AUGGGAGUGAUGUGUCAGAUAUUAUUGGACAGAACUGAAGAUGGUGUGUUCAAAGCAGGAGGACUAGUGACAGGAACAUUGAAGUAUUUCAUAGACGAACCAACACAGUACGAGAAAAUAUCCAUGUGUUUUCUGGGAAAAGGGCAAUGCUACUGGUCUGAAAAGAAUAAUAAUUCUGAUAAUAUAUCUGACACUACCAGUUACAGUAACAGUGAGGAAUAUGUGAAUCAAACUGUUAAUUUGUAUUUAGGUACUAACAAACAAGAUCUCAUAUCAGGUACCUUUGAAUACCCAUUUCAGUUCUUGCUACCAAACGAUAUACCGCCAUCUUUCAAAGAUGGUACUUGUACCAUAAGAUACAAAAUCACAGUCACAUUUGUCAAACAAAACUUUCUGAAAACGAAUAACGAAUUUGAUGUAGAAAUACCUGUAAUGAGCUACGUGAACCCAUGUUCACCAGAACCAUUGAUAUUCAGUUUGAAGAAAGAUCUGUUUUCUUUUAAACUUUCCAGGACAAUUGAACUGAAAGGGGAAAUAAGGAAAACGUGUGUAGCUCCUGGUGAUAACUUUGAAAUGACACUUACAGUCAACAAUAAUUCAAAUCUAUCGAUAUUUAUAAAAACAGAACUUGUUUAUCGUGUAACUUACAUAUCAAGUUGUAAUCACAAGAACUUUGGUGGUCAUAUAGUGAAAGAUACUAGUACAAUGUCUCCUAUAGCGGCUAAUGGUGUUGAAAAUCUAAUAUGUGUUGUACCAACGUUACAGAAUGUAUAUUCCAUACAACACACAAAAGUUAUGAUACGGGAAUAUAGAGUCAGAGUUACAUUUAAACUCCCUUUUCCACACAUUAAUGCUGUUUUAGAAAUUCCAGUGACUGUUGGUUUAAGGAAACAUGAGCUCUUGGUACCAGCUGUAGUAUACGACCAGAAUGAAGAAGAGUCACCACCAUCUUAUUCGUCAAUAUCUACACAAAAUGAUAACAAAGGUAAUGAAGGUGAAGAUUUCAGAAAACUUGAACAGAGAACUUGA